AUGGAUCAGUUAGUAUUUAAAGUAUUGGUUUAUAGAAUAAAUAAUAAUAUAAUACUUGAAUCAGAUUGUCAAAAUAAGGAACUUAAUGUUGAAUAUAUUGAUAUUACAGACGAAAAUGAAAUUUUAAAAGAUUUAAUCCAUAGACUGGAUACUACAUAUAAUAAUGAUUAUAUUGUAAUCAAAAGUGAUGAUGACUGCGUUUAUAAACGGAAAGAUAGUGGAUUCAUUAACCAUAAACACUACAUGGAUAAUUCGGAGGCUUCUAUAACCAUUGAUAUGUUAAACAUACAUGGGGCAACUCUUUUUAAUUUAGAAUCACACUCUGGAGAAUAUCAAGAAAAGAUUAAUUUGUAUGUUUUAAAUGAUGACAAUUUACCCCAUCAUGAUUUAAUAAACAUCAUAAAAGUUAAUGAAGAAGAUGAUAUUAUAAACAUAGAAUAUAAUUUGUCUCAUGAAACAAGUCCAUACUAUGUAUUUAGAGACAGUAAUCAUAAAUUCGUAUUAAGAAACAUUCAUCAUAAAUAUAGUGAUACAAAAAUUUAUGAUGAAUUACCAAUUGAUUUCUUAGAAGAUAAUUUAUAUUAG